AAUCACGGCUACGGUACUGGGACGCUCAACGAUCGCUGCAGGUUGUAUGUACACAGUUAUGCGCUACGCUACAUCGUACAUCCACUUGAUCCACUACGUACGUACACAUCCCGCUAUUCCAAAUCAGAGACGCAGACGCAGACAGGAGCAACAAUUACGACUUUGCAAUAGUGGCAAAAGAAUGUCAGGAGGAAUGUCUUGCUGCGUCGAUGCCAAGAACGAGGAACGCGCCGAGCCAACGCGAGUCCGAGGAUGCACCGAUGUUUUUUGGCUCUGCCUUUUCCUAGCAUUCUGGUUUCUUAUGGUAUGCGACCGGUAUCGUGAUUGCAGCCUUUGCGGUAGUCUAUGGCAAUCCCAUGCGCCUUGUACAUGGAUAUGACAGUUUUGGAAAUACGUGUGGCACGAAGAAUAAAAAGUUUGGUAGUAUGGAGCUUUCUGGGCAAGAUACCAGUGACAAACCAUACUUGUUCUUUUUGGAUAUAAACAACGUCACGCAGUCGCUCAAGAUUUGCGUGAAGCAAUGUCCUUUUCGAAGCUUGAAGAGCAUCGAGGAUAUUUGUAAUUUUUACAAAGAGACUGGAUCGCAGCUGUGUCACGAUAGACCGGACAGUGAUUUUAGCGCGUGUAACAGUGAAAGCAGCAAAUUCAAGAAUGGUUCUUGUCCCGAAUUACCAGUUUAUCCCAGUACGCCCAUCUUGAAUCGUUGUGUUCCAAAGGCAAUUCCGGAAGUGGGCGAUAUGAUAAUCUCAAAUUUAUACGGCUUGAUUAACUCCUGGGAUGUUAUCGAACAAGUUUUAGGAGAUUUGUGUCAAACGUGGAGGCAAAUUUUGGCGCUGUCCUGUCUCGCCUGUGUUUUAUCACUUUUUAUGAUAGUCAUCUUUCAUUUCUUGGCAAAUAUCGUUACGUGGAUUAUAAUUGUACUCGUAAGCAUCGCUUGCACAGGUGGCACGGUUCUUUUAUGGUUGACAUACAUCGAUAUCAAGAAGACGUUGGACAAGACCGAGUCGAGCCAACUUCUCGAAGAGGCUGUUCGAAAUGAAAGAGCGUUUCUCGCAUUUUCCGUCAUCGCUACCGUCAUAACGAUUAUUCUGUUGUUUCUUUCGUGCAUACUACGCAAACGCAUCAGUUUCAUGGCGGCACUAUUCAAAGAGAGCGCGAAAUGCUUGAAAGAAUUACCCGGCCUAUUUCUCCAACCGUUCUUCACAUUCUUGUCGUUGAUGCUUUUCUUUGCCUUUUGGGUAUACGUGAUUCUUUGUCUGGCAACAGCUAAUUAUCCCGAGACGAAAUCAGUGCAAAUGUACAAAAGUACCAUCUUUGAUCCAUUGAAUCUAAGCUCAGUCGAUGAGAACGCUCCGUUAAUCGUGGAAAAGAGAAUCGACUUUUCUCUCGAGAGUUUCAAAACGUUCACGUUCGUGGAAUACGUCGACGCAACCUGGGUAAAGUACAUGUGGUGGGUGUAUCUCAUUGGAUUGAUAUGGACGUCGGAAUUCAUCGUUGGUUGUGAAGUUAUGGUAUUAUCGGGUGCGGUUGCUCGCUGGUACUUUAGAGGUAAAAAUGCCAACACGUAUCCAGUAUGUUCGUCCAUUGGACAUUUGGUCUGCUAUCAUAUGGGCUCCGUAGCGUGUGGCUCGCUUUUGAUAACCAUCUUCAAAUUGCCUAGAUUGAUCUUGACGUAUCUGCAUGCCAAAUUCGAAAAAACUAAAGAGACAUCCCCGUGCGCGCAAUGUGGUUUAAGGUGCUGCAUCUGUUGCUUCUACUGUCUCGAGAAAUUUAUUCGAUACAUGAAUCACAACGCGUAUACCGUUGUCGCUAUAGAGGGUACCCACUUUUGCAACGCUGCCAGAAUAGCUUUUACGACAAUCGUUAGUAAUGCCGUGCAAAUAGCGGUGAUCAAUGGAUUUGGCGACUUUAUAUUGUUUCUGGGAAAGUGUUUCGUCACAGCCACAACCGGAAGCAUCGCUUUGCUUUUCAUGAGACAAGAUCCUAAACUGCACUUUUAUGCUAUACCUAUUUUCAUCGUUUGCGUUUUUUCAUUUUUUAUCGCCCAUUGUAUAAUUUCUCUCUACGAGACUGUUAUCGACACACUGUUCUUGUGUAUAUGCGAGGAUAAAAACUUGAACGGUGAGAAUGGAAAGUGGCGUCAGUCUGCAUUAGCACAAAUCGGAGCGUCCAGCAGUAAUGCUAAUGGGCAACAAUCUCACGAGAUGACACCGAUAAACGAAUGAGUACUCGAUAUUUUACAUUUUUCUUUUUAUAUACACAUUUUCGUAGACACGUCCAUUUUUAACAUUCAUUUUUAAUAUUCAUCGAGAGAGAAUAGAUAAGGGAUAGAUCUAGACUAUAAGUAACUUGCUUUCAUUUAAUUUUACGUGUCACGUGUCUAAUACACUUAAUCGAGACACAUUCCAUUCGAUACACACAGUAUACACAAUGACGUUUACAAAUUUUGCACAACCAUUUAUCACCACCAUCGUUUUUACUUGAUGAUGAUUAGGAAUAUUCAAAAGCAUCAUGCGAAGAGAUUUAUGUUUUUAGCACGUUUUUAACGUUCGAGGAAACGAUAUGCAAGAACAACGUACAAAAAGCAAGAUAUACAUAUGUAUGUUACUUUUAUCUAAUCGCGUAAUUUCUUUCUUUUUAAUUAAGCAUGUCGCUCAUCGAGACCACGGUCUUAUUAUGUGAUAUACUAUUGCCAUAUGUCAUCCGAACUGAAUCACGAAACUUUUCGCGCGCUACGAGAAAAAUAAGCAUUUCACCCAUGAUUCGCAUGGAAAAGAAAUCAAGAAGAUAAUAGAGAGCUUCCAGCUUGAAAAUAGUAGAGAGAAAUGGAUCCUAAAAUAGAAAACAAUGUGUAAGAACUCGAUUGAUAUUUAGGUCCAUUUCCAAACGUGUAACAUCCUUGCUACAUACUAGCUCUUUAUUCAAUCGCCCCACGUGAGUCGUUUCACGGCUCUUAUCAAAAUGUUGAAAAGGAAAACUCUGUUGCGUUUGAAAAACAUUUAAAGACAUUUCUUACUCAAUGAAACAAUGCAAAGAUGCUUACUCAUCUUGACUGCAAGUGCAAGUCAUAAUUAUAAAAGAAAUGUAGAGAUACAGCUUAGUUUAUGUUAAAAAAUAUCCAUUCUAAUACAACAAAGUGCAAUUAUGCGUGAGUUUGACAGAUUUUUAUAUACAAAAAGAUGUACAGUAUUUAUUGUAUUGACGAGAAAUCGUUUCUCAGCUUAUUACAAACGAUUUUCUAUUUUCGAAAGUUUUUAUACACUUCUCAUUCCUCCUUAAAUGUAAUUAAAUGUCUUGAAAUAAGAUAUCAAAGUGAAAAUUCAGUUCACAUCUAGAUAAUAAGAGGCUUGCAGAUUUCAACGUACAAAGUAUUUUAAUAAAGUUAUCUUAAUAAAAGAAAUUAAAGUGUCUGUAUACAGACGCGCUUCUAACGA